GUACGAGAAAAUAGUAAUUUUUUAAUGUUCCCUACAUACUAAGAAACACUUUAUGGCGGCUGUAUUGAAGAAAUAAAAACAUUUUAUUACAUUUUACAGUUCUGUGAUGUAUCUGACCAAUGACCACGUGUUUGAAAAAUAGCUCUCAAUUUAAUUAGUUUAGUUUCUAUUUAAAUAAUUAUUUUACGCAAAAGUAUAAAAUGGCAACAGACUGUAAAUCGUUCGCUAAUCUAAAUCUCAAUUCAUGGAUCAUUACUCAAUGCAAUUCUAUGGGAUUGAAAAAACCUACACCAAUCCAGCAACAAUGUAUUCCACGUAUACUUGCAGGCGAUAAUUGUAUAGGGUGUGCAAAAACUGGAAGUGGUAAAACACUUGCUUUUGCACUUCCUAUAUUACAGAAAUUAUGUGAAGAUCCUUAUGGCAUUUUUGCUUUAAUUUUAACGCCUACAAGGGAGCUUGCGUUCCAAAUAGCUGAUCAGUUUGCUGCUAUUGGAAAAUCGAUCAAUUUAAAAACAUGUGUAGUCGUAGGAGGAAUGGACAUGAUGGUACAAGGUUUAGAAUUAUCAAAAAGACCACACAUAGUUGUAGCUACUCCUGGAAGAUUAGCAGAUCAUAUAGAAAGUUGUAAUACAUUUUCUCUAGAAAAAAUUAAGUUCUUAGUAUUAGAUGAAGCUGACAGAUUAUUGGGUGGAUCUUUUGACGAGCAACUUAAAGUUAUAUUUCCUACCUUAUCUAAAGAAAAAAAAGUACUGUUAUUCAGCGCUACAAUUACAGAUGCUCUUGAAAAAGCAAAAAACCUUGCCCCUGGGAAGGUUUUUAUGUGGGAAGCAAAAGAUGAAUCUGGUAUUGCUACAGUGAAAGAACUUGAUCAACGUUAUGUCUUGUGUUCUAAAGAUGCAAUAGAUUCUUAUCUUGUAGAAGUUGUAAGAACAUUUCGUAGAACAAAUGAAACUGGGUCCAUUAUGAUAUUUACGGAUACUUGCAAGAAUUGCCAGUUGUUAUCUAUGACAUUAAAUGAUGUAGGAUUUCCAAACGUUGCACUUCAUGCAAUGAUAAAACAAAAAGAACGCUUAGCAGCUCUUAAUAAAUUUAAGUCAAAUCAUAUUAAAAUUUUAAUAGCAACCAAUGUUGCAGCAAGAGGCUUAGAUAUAUCUGCAGUAGAAUUGGUAAUUAAUCAUACAAUACCAAAUGUACCAAAGGAAUAUAUUCAUAGAGUUGGUAGAACAGCGAGAGCAGGUAAAGGUGGUAUGGCAAUUAGUCUGAUAACACCAUAUGAUAUUAAAUUAUUACAUGCGAUAGAAGAUGUUAUUGGAACGAAAUUAAUUGAAUAUAAGAUAGAUGAUAAAGAGGUUGUUACAAUUUUAACUCAGGUAUCUGUAGCAAAAAGAGAAGCAGAAAUAAAAUUAGAUGAAGCCGAUUUUUAUGAGAAGAAAAUAAUUAAUAAAAGAAAACAAUUAAUCUUGGAAGGGAAAGAUCCAGAUGAAGUCGAUUUACUUUUAAAGGAACAUAAGAAACGACGAAAAUUAGAGAAAAGAAAAAAAGAAAUAUCAGAUAAAAAUACCCAUAGAUAAUGCAGAUUGAAUUGUUUAUUUUUAGUAUUUUAAACAAUGAUUUGUAUUAUAAAAA